AUGAUAAAGACAGGAAACUCAAAGGUUAGAGAGCUUGACAUGCCCGUCAACAGGAGGAUACAGAUAUUAGAAAAGAUCAGUGAAGAUGCAGAACCUCAGCCUCUGGAAGAAGCAGAAAAGGCUUCAUCCCUGAAUGAGUAUAGUUCAGAGGAGAGCAGAGAGGAUGAGGAGCUACAGCCUGAGAGAAAGAGCCUGAAGGACUUCAACUUCCUCAGCAUACUUGGAAAGGGUACGUUCGGGAAGGUGAUUUUGUCUGAGCUCAAAGGCACUGAUGAGGUCUAUGCGUUGAAGGUUAUGAAGUAGGAAACGAUUUGGGAACAGGAAGCCAUCAGCUGCACUCUUAUGGAGAUGCGGAUCUUGGCUCUGGCCAGUGAACACCCCUACCUGACCCACCUCUACUGCAGCUUCCAGACCAGCGAGGCAUUGUGCUUCGCAAUGGAAUUUGUGAGUGGACGGGAUCUUGCAUUUCACAUCUCCCACUCAUGUGGAUUUGAUGAACCCCGCACCAGAUUUUAUGCUGCUGAGGUCGCCUGUGCCCUCAUGUUCCUCCACUGCAACGGGAUUAUUCACAGAGAUCUCAAACCCAGAAACAUCCUCCUAGAUGCCGAUGGCCACUGCAAGCUUGCUGACUCUGGCAUGUGCGCAGAGGGCAUACUAGAUGGCAAGACUACCAACACGUUUUGUGGCACAUUCGACUACGUAGCACCAGAGAUAAUACAGUAUUGUGAAUACAAUACAUCAGUUGAUUAGUGGGCUCUAGGUGUGAUCAUGUACGAAAUGAUGACAGGCUACAACCCGUUUCAUGAUGACAAUGAGGAGAAGAUGUUCGAGUCCAUCGUCAAUGCUGAACCGCAUUAUCCAUCAAACCUCACCAAUAAGGCGGUCAGCAUCCUCAAAGCGCUUGUGAUGAAGAAGCCCAUGGAUCGUCUCGGCUGUGUGGGGUCCCAGGGCAAGGAGAAAGCCAUAAAAUGUCAUCCUGUCUUCAAGAAGAUCAACUGGUCACAGCUGGAAAAGAGGAAGAUCACCCCUCUAUUUCAACCACAGAUAACAUCGAAGGGGGACGUCAAUAACUUUGAAGGCAGUUUCUCCUGUGAGGAGCCCAAGCUUUCUCGUGGGAAACACUCCUUCUUCAUCCAAUCCAUCCAAGAGGAGUUUAAUGGCUUCUCCUUCAUUAACACCAAAUAUUAA